AUGAUCCUGGUCCUCCUGGUCGUGCUUCUUCCUGCAGCUCAUCUCCAGGACCUCCAGGAAGGGUGUCCAGAUGGGUCCUGUAACCCCCUGCUGGGUGACCUGAUGUUGGGGCGAGCAGCUCGGCUGUCAGCCUCGUCCACCUGUGGACUGGAUGGACCUCAGAAGUACUGCAUCAUUGGAUACCUGGAGGAGGAGCAGAAAUGCUUCACAUGUGACUCAAGACUGACCUACAAUCGCCAUAGCAACCCCAACAGCCACCGCAUCGAGAACGUCAUCACUACAUUUGACCCUGAGAGAAAGCUGAAGUGGUGGCAGUCUGAGAAUGGAAUCCAUCAAGUCAGCAUCAGGCUGGAUCUGGAGACCGUGUUCCAGUUCAGUCAUCUGGUCCUCACCUUCAAGAGUUUUCGUCCGGCAGCCAUGUUGGUGGAGCGUUCAAAGGAUUUUGGACAAAGCUGGAAAGUUUUUCGUUACUUUGCAGAAGAUUGUUCGCUUCAUUUUCCCUCAGUGUCGGCCGAGCCAGCGGACAGCGUAGACGAUGUUAUCUGUGACAGCCGAUACUCGGGAUCAGAACCAUCAACAGACGGAGAGGUGGUGCUGAAAGCUCUCGAUCCAAUCUUUGAAAUAGGAAACCCGUACGCAGCGAACAUCCAAGAUCUGAUCACGUUAACGAACAUUCGUGUGAACUUCACUCGUCUCUUCACGUUGGGUGACACACUGCUGGCUCGCCGUCGGAGGAACCCUCAGGAUAAAUAUUACUACGCUCUUUACAACAUGGUGGUCAGGGGAAGCUGCUUCUGUAACGGACAUGCCAGCGAGUGUACACCUGUCGACCCAGGACGGGGGGAUGUCUUCGACCAGACAGCCAUGGUUCAUGGUCGAUGUGUAUGUCAGCACAACACGGCUGGAGAGAACUGUGAGAGAUGUCAGGACUUUCACCAUGACUCCCCCUGGAGGCCUGGAGGAGAAAACUCCGCCAACAUCUGCAGGAGGUGUAACUGUAACGCUCACUCCGACUCCUGUCACUUUGAUGUCUCUCGUUUUGACGCCACCGGCGGCGUGAGCGGCGGCGUGUGUGACAACUGCCGCCAUGACAGGGCGGGGCCACAAUGUGAACGCUGUCGACCUUUCCUGUAUCAGGAUCCUCAGAGAGCCAUUGACGACCCACAGGCUUGCAUACCGUGUGACUGCGACCAUGCCGGCUCUCAGGGCAGCGGUCUGUGCGACACUCUGAGUGGUCAGUGUGUGUGUAAAGAAAAUGUUGAAGGUCAACGCUGUGAUCGCUGUAAACAAGGAUUCUUUGGUCUGAGAGCUGACGACCCGGUGGGCUGCCAGGUGUGUAGGUGUCAUGUUUCAGGAAGUGAUGGGUCAUGUGAUCAGCAGACAGGAACUUGUGAAUGUGAUCGUUUUGCAAGUGGACCACUGUGUGAUCAAUGUGUGUCAGGUUUCUGGGGUUUAGGGAGCUCUGUUUUCAGGUGUUCACCCUGCGACUGUGACAUUGGAGGAGCUCAAAUCAACACGUGUUCUCCAGAGAAUGGACAGUGUUACUGUCUACCCAACAUGGUGGGGCGGCGCUGCUCUGAGCCCGCCCAGGGGUACUUCCUGCCUCUGCUUGACUAUUUCCUGUAUGAGGCGGAGCUUGCCGCUCCACUGCUGGGAGGAGGCUUUUCUUCUCCCUCUCCUACUCGUCCUCCAUCUUCUUCUUCUUUGUUGAACCCUGCCCUGUUACCCGACUGUGAGCAGUAUUACAGGGAGCAGGGUUAUGACUUUAAGUUUAGUAACGGUCGAGUGGUUCUGGUCCGGAGGACUCGUCGACUCGCUCGUAGGAGGAGACAGGGCUCACAGUCCACCAUUCCUCUGGGCCCGGGUCACGCCCUGCAGAUCAUCCCUCGUCAGAGGUCAGCUGAUCGACCUGUCACGUGGACCGGCCUGGGACUGGUUAGGGUGCUAGAGGGGGUGGGCCUAAGAUUCACAGUGGACAACCUACCAUCAUCAAUGGAUUACCAGCUGGUGAUUCGCUACGAACCAGAGGCUCCAUCUGAUUGGCUGGCUUCUGUCAGUAUCACUACACUGUCACCGGGUGAUGGAGGCUGCAGCAGCACCGCAACAGGAAGCAAAACGUUGGUUCUUCCUGGAAACUCCAGAGGUGGUGUUCUUGAUUCCUCCGUGUGUCUGAAUGCUGGCGGGCGGUAUUUUGUUGACGUCCUGUUCAACAAACAGCCAGGACUUGAUGACCAAUCUUCACACAUCCUGAUCGACUCGAUUGGUUUGAUUCCCAGCAUCGAGUCUGUCCAGGACUUUUGCUCCCAGAGUGACCUCGACUCGUUCAGACGUUUUCGCUGCAUUGGAUUGGCUGCUGAGCUUGGCCCACAGGAUGUGGUACCAGAAGUCUGUGAGGGAAUCAUUAAGAGCAUGUCCGCCAGGAUCAACAAAGGAGCCGUUCUGUGUAGGUGUAACGAGAUGGGGUCUCUCCGACCGACCUGCAGUAAACUGGGAGGGUUCUGUGAAUGUAAACCCAACGUGAUUGGUCGUUGCUGUGAUACCUGUUCACCGCUGACGUUUGGUUUUGGACCUGAUGGCUGCCAGCCCUGUGACUGUGACCCUCGUGGUUCUGUGUCAGAGAUGUGCGAUCAGGUCAGAGGUCAGUGUGCGUGUCGGGCAGAGGUCACAGGUCGUCGUUGUGAUCGCUGUCAGAAUGGAUUCUGGGGUUUCCCACUCUGUCGAGUCUGUGAAUGUCAGGGACUCUCAGACCAGUGUGACGAAGAGACCGGAGAGUGUUUGACCUGCAGAGAGAACACUGCUGGACCACGUUGUGACACGUGUGUGGAGGGUUACUAUGGUAACCCGGUCCAGGCAGCCCUGUCAACCGUGCCUGUGUCCAGACAUUCACGGCAGUGGACGAUUUUCGCCACUUCCUGCCUACAGGACCCAGAAACCCUCAGUCUGUCUUGUAUCUGCAGGGAGGGACACACAGGUCCAAGAUGCGACAGGUGUAGCCCUGGUUUCUAUGGUAACCUGGCAUUGCCGGGGGCCAGCUGUGAGGAGUGUGACUGCAACAACAACAUUGAUGUGGAUGACCGUGAUGCCUGUGAUGGUUUAACGGGAGUUUGUCUGCGCUGCCUCCAUAAUACCAUGGGACCACACUGCCACACCUGCAAACCUGGUUACUACGGCAACGCCUUGGAUCAGGACUGCAAAGAGUGCUCUUGUGAUCGACGGGGUACGCAGGUGACUCAAUGUCCUCUGGGGAGUCCAUGUUUCUGUGACAGAAGGAAUAGUCAGUGUCCCUGCAGGCCAGGUGUUGAGGGCGUCCUCUGUGACCACUGCGAGGAUGGAUACUGGAACCUGGACGGACCGGCUGGAUGUCAACCCUGUAACUGUGACCCAACCAACUCGGAGUCCAACACCUGCAACAAGGUGACGGGUCAGUGUCCAUGUCGUACUGAAUUUGGUGGCAGGCACUGUGAUGAAUGUGCAGAGAAUCAUUUUGGGAAUCCAGACCUGCAGUGUAUCUCAUGUGAUUGUAACAUGGAGGGAACUCAGCGUCCGUCAUGUGACCCUGAAACUGGCGAAUGUAUCUGUCGAGUCGGGGUCACUGGCAUCUUCUGCGACCAGUGCGCCCCUGGCUAUGACUCCGCAUUUCCAGCCUGUGAUCAGUGUCAUGCCUGCACCGCCCUCUGGGCCCAAAAUGUCACUGAUGUGCAGCUUGCCGCGCAGGAGAUGAGGACCUUCAUUCCCACCUUUAACAACGAGCUGCGGCCUGGUGAUGUUUUCCAACGGCAACAGAUGCUGGAGAUGCACUCCAAGCUGGACAGCCUCUCCAACAUGACAGGACUCUCCCCCCUAAAGGUGGAGAAGAUGGAGAAAAUGUGCACCAUGAUCAGGAAGCUGAAAGAUGCUGUUGAUCCAAACAUGAUCCUGAUCAACCCGUCUCCUCUCCUCAACACUGAAAUCGACAACAUUCAGCUGGAGUUCAAGAAGCUUCUGAACAAUCUGAAGGAGAAACUCAUCGAUGACCCCGACAUUAAAGACGGAAAGACAGAGGAGCUGCUUGAUGAGAUCCAGAAGCUCCAUAAAACCUUCAUGUCAGACGAAAAAAGGGUCCGAAAUGCCAGCAGAACUGUGGAGGACUCCACGGACACAAGACAGGAAGUCAAACUCAAACUGAGCACAUGCAGCAGCAAAGGCAACCUGGCGCCGCUUGAGAAGAAGAUCAAAGAACUUAGCGUGGUCACCAUCAACAGAAAGAUCUGUGGAGGACCCGGUCUGCAGGACUGCUCAGGAUGUGGAGGAGCUCUGUGUGGUCUUGAUCUUGGAAAGAGGAAAUGUGGAGGUCCAAAGUGUGACGGAGUCGUUCCCAUCAGUCAGAGAGCUGCAGAGACGGCAGAAAAGACAAAGGACGAAAUGGGCAACCUCCCAUCCAGACUGCAGGAGUCCAAAAACAAGGUGAAUAAUGCCAAACAGGCAGCUCAAGACACCAAAGACCAGGCCAUAGACCUGCAGGACCGGAUCAAUGACAACAUGGACUCCUUUGAGAGAGAAAAACAGAAAACCAAGGACCUGAUUCAAAGAGUCAAAGACUACCUGAUGGAUGAGAUGAUUCCUCCAGAGGACAUUGAGAAAAUAGCCCGAGCUGUCCUGGACAUCCAACUGCCACGAUCUCCUGAUCAGAUGCGCUCAAUGAUCAAUGACAUCAAUAAACUGCUGAACAAUGCCCCCAACUUCCAGGAUGACCUGAAGAACUUUGAGGAGCACACCAAGACUGCCAAUGACCUGCUGCAGAAAGCUAAAGAUCUUAAGGAGCGGACCAGAAACAUUGAUGUGACAGAGAUCAGCAGAGACAUUUAUGAAGCAGCGAAUGCUCAAAACAAAGCCAACGAUGACCUCGAAAGAGCUACUAAAGACACUGACAUGACCAGAGACCUCUUCCAAAAUCUUACUGACAAACUGGACGACGUUGAGCAGAAGCUGAUGAUUCGUCGACCUGUAGAUGUGCAGGACGAGAUCGAAAAGCUGAAGAAGAAAACUGAUCAGAACCGAAAAAUGGCUAGAAAUGCAAGAGACUCUGCAUACAAUGCUUUAAAUAAAACUACUGACAUACAGAUGGAAAUUGAUAAUGUGCUGAAGCUGUUUGAGCUUUUAGAGGAGAAAAAGUCAAAGGUCAAAGGUCAGAGUGAUGCUGAAGAACGACUGAGGAAGCUCCUGGAGGAGGCAGAGAUGAUGAAGAGGGAGACUGAGGACAAACUCACUCAGAUAUCAGAGGUGGAGAAGAAGAUCGAGUACCUGAUCAAAAGUAAAGAAGAUAAAGAAGCCGAAGUGUUGAAGCUCUACGACGUGGCCAACCGUCUGCGCCAAGUCAUCUCAAAACGCUCAGAGGAGUACACCAUCUGUACUCCAUAA